AUGACUAUCCAGCUUUACAAGUGGCCAUUUACCGAGCAAUUAAAGCGAUAUCUCGCUCAAAACGGACCCACCACAUCCACCAUGUUGGGUCUUUUAUUGCAAACCGGUCUGUACCCCUCGGUAGAUCCCAUCAAACCAGUCAUUUGGUCAUCGCAUCCUGAUCCAUUCAAUACGAGCAAUGUAGUUGUUUGGAUCAUUGACAGAGGCGGAUGCUUUUUGCGCACUCUUGUCACUUCCAAGAUUCAUCUAGACCAAGCACCCAUGAACCCGGAUAGCGUUGCCAAGUUGAGAGCUGGUGAGAACUGCUUGAACAAGCCAUUGUUUGUAAACCCUGAUGACGAAGCAUUGUAUCAGCACAGUAUGCAAGUAUAUGCUUCUGUUUUGGAUCAUUUCAUUUCUGAAAACUACACAGCUGAUGAUGAGAUCAAAUUGGACGACACAGGCUUAUUGUGGACACCGGUAUUGAGCAAAUUAUUAGACAUGCAGCUUCUGUCAAAAUGCUUUAUUUUUGUUAGGAAGGCAUCGCUUCCAUUACCGUCUAUCCAACUGCCUGAAGGAGCUAUCAUGGAUCGCUUAACCAGCCAAGAAGACGUGAUGCUUACAAGAAAUAGAAACAAGAUUCUUUUUGAUCCCAAAUACGUUGAAGAUGGUUGUCAUAUGUCCAGUGGCAUCCGAAUCAAUGGUGACUUGGCCGCGAAUGCCUUUACGCACAGAGACAUGCUUGUUGGCGCACUACAUGUGCUGCCAGAGUAUCGCCGCAGAGGAUUCGCAGAGAUGGUCUUAUCUGAUAUCUGUAAACAGCACAAGGAAUUCUUCCAACAUCAACUACCAGCUGACAUCUCUCUAGACCAUGUUUACUUUACUGCCUGUGUUGAACUGUACAACGUUCCUAGUGCUAGCUUCUUUACGAAAGCAGGCUGGACAAGCGUUGGUGCUGGCACACAAUGGAUCCAAGGAAAGAGAAGAGCUCAACAAUAG